GCAUGUGGGCUGAGCCGGUGCUGGGUGUGCGCAUGAGGUGGGAAUGUCACAUGUGUCCUGGGUGGAGAUGUCCCCAAGCCUUUUUGCAAAGGGCUCGUGCCCCAAGCUCUCUGCCCGUGGGGUGUCCUCUGCCGUGUGCAAGGUCAGGGCGGCGCAGCCUCUGCCGGGCACCUGGUGUGCCUGGCUUCGCAGUGACACCGGGUUUAAUGCCACCUCCCUGCCCAGGAUGGCCUCACUGCCCAGCCAUGGGGCUGUGGCACGUCCCCAUCCUGAUGAAGCAGGGACGAUUGGUGGAGGGCAUUUCCCGAGCCAUGAAGACUGGUGGCUGAUGUGCUGGGACGGGAGCUCUGAUGUCGCUGACCCUGUUAGCAUGCGGUAGAGUAGGACGGGAGCUCAGGCCCGCCCCCCCUGCAAAUCUCACUGGAUUUGGGGCAGGGCACCUGCACCCGGCUGGGUGCUGGGGCAGGUGCUGGGUGGCAAAGGCUUGGGAUGGGGCGAGCACCCUGUUUUGGAGUGGAGGAGCUCCCUGCUGAGCGGGUGGGCUGUGGUCCCGUCACAACAUGUCCCUGUGCCAUGUCCACUUGUUGGUGGCACCAGGACGAAGCCAGGGCUGAGGUCCUGCAAGAUGCACCCAGGCAUCUGGGAUGGGGCUGGUGUCCAUGCAGUGAUGGCCCCAAACGACAUGUGCUGAGGUGCUUGGUGGUGCCACGGUCCUACCCAUGCUGCACCAGCAUCCUCUGGCUCAGUGGGCAUUGGGGAUGGCGUGCUGCCCCAAGGGUUGGCUGUUGCUCCUCCGCUCCCUGCCGAGCUUGUGUCCGUCUGUCCUGAGCAGUGCUGGCAACACAGGGCUGGCUGUGCUAGCUGGGCAAGCGUGUCACUGGGGGAUGUGGGGAAGGGCAUGGGAGCUGUUUCUGGGUGGCAGCCGCCAGUUUGAAUAUUUGUCACGUUCCAGCUUUAAUUACAGUAAUUGGCUGUCAGAGGGCUGUGCUGGCGCCUGCUCUGGCUCCGAGGGGGAGCAUGAGCAGCUCAGGUGUUUGAUGCUCAGUGCACAGAGGAAUCCCUGUCCCCACCUUGCCAUUUGUCCGCAGCCCAGAGGCAUGUCCCCACAUGCCUGUGGGGACAUGGCCCAUGCAAAGUGCACACACGUGUUGGCACGUGCCUGUCUCCAGCCACAAAUAAUUUGGUGGUUAUAGCAGCUGGCUGGGAGGUGAAAGCCAUGCUCAGCCUCAGGCAGAGUCCAGCCCUGGCGGAGAUGCUCUAGAGACCCACAGAUUAAAGGGAGCUCUUGACCAUGAGGCUCCAGCCCCGGGGUGGUCACACUGGUAUGUAAGCAAUGCGGGCGCUCCAGCAGGACAGACAGAUGAACGGAUGGAGCAUCGCAGUGUCUGGGUGGCUCCUCCGGCACAGGUCAGGCAGGCAGGACCCCGGCUUGUCCCCAGGGGUCAGGGUCUGCAGCAAGACCCGAGUAUCCCUGAGUGCCUGGGCUCUGCCCUGCCUGCUCCUGCCGCGCCAGGCACUGGCAUCCCCAGACCGGGCGCCAUUGGCAUCCUCAUGGCACUGUGGUGCAUGGACCACCCGGCUUAUCCCACGGCAUUGGGGCAUGAUACUUAGGGAGGUCCCGGAGUGGGCAGCGAUAGCUCUAGAGCCUGUCGCGCUAAACAAUUAGCACAAGUGAUUGGAUCGUAUCGGUAACCCCAGUGCUUGGAAAAACUAAGAUUAUCUUAGGCCCUGUUAUCUUUUCUAGAGGCCCAGGAUUAAGCUGGGGUGGGAGAACGGUGCAAUGUCCAUCUGUCCAUCCUUGCAGUCUGUCUGGCCUCGUGCUGCGCCUGCGCAGAUGCUGGAGGGACUUUGGAGGUAGCGGGGAGGGGAUGUGUGCGGGGGGGCUCAUGGAUUAAAGGAGGAGAGGUUGGGCAGUGCCCAAAGUAUCGGCAUCAGUAUUGGCAUUGGAAUUGGCAUUGGCAUUGGUAUCGGCACAGUCUGGCCAGUGGAAACGGCUGGUUGUGCCAAAAUGCUGUCAGCAACACGCAGCCCUGCCGGCCCCGCUGCCCUGCCUGCACCUGGCACCCUCGUCACCACUGGGGCAGCAGUGGCGGCACUGGGACACCUCGAGGCCACCUCUGCCCCCCGCAGCCCUGACCCACUGAGCCUGGCCAGCACUGCAGGCAGUGCAGGCAGCGCAGGCAGCACAGGCAGCAGGAUGUCGGCAGCGUUGUGACCAAGGGCUGCCGUGUGAACGGCGUCUCGGCAGUGGAGCACAAGGUGGGGUCGGUUUUGGGGUCUGCCCCCAUCCCGCCCCGGGCAGCGCUGUCUCUCCUCCAUGUGGAGCCGGCAGCCGCUCCAACCGGUUUAUGGGUCUGGGCGGUGAUACCACGCGCCUGAGGCCUGAUGGAGGGCUGGGAAGAGCUGGUACGGAUGCCAAGGAACAAACAAGAGCUGCUUGUGUCCUGCCGGGCAUGGAGCCCAGCAGUGGGGCAGGGACGGUGUGCUGCUCCCCCAGCACAGGGCCGCAGGGGGCUGGAGGGUGGACUGCUGCCGGAGCAGCCACCCCCACGAGCUCGGGGGAAACUGAGGCACGAAAUCGUGGAGGGACCCCAUCUGGAUGAUGGAGCAGGAGGUUGUGGCAGUGACAGCAGAGACAUCCUGAUGCCCAGAUACUGGCUCUUCCCCUUCAGCAUCCCAGGCUGAGCCCCAGCAGGUGCCCUUGGCAUCUCCUGCCUGCCCACAGGCAGCAGUGGGAUGCACUCCUGCGCCUGGGUGGCCUGAUGCCAGUCCCCUGUGUCGUCCUCUGUGGGAGCAGCCGGGAUAAUAAGUGUCAUCGCUGCAGGGAGAAAUGCAAGUGGAAGAAUCCUGGGAAACUGGUUUUACCCCUCCAUCCGGUGCUGGCGGCAGGACGGCGGCUGCGGCGGUGCUCCUCCCUCGGCAAAGGCAUAUAACGCCUGCCAUGGUCCCGGCAGCCGGCACUGCGCUGUGGGAAGUGGGCAGGGGUGCAGGCGGCAAGUGAUGGCCUCCAUGGGGCUGCAGGUGCUGGGCAUUGCCCUCUCUGUCAUCGGCUGGUUGGCCUCCAUCCUCUGCUGUGCCCUGCCCAUGUGGCGGGAGACGGCCUUCAUUGGCAACAACAUCGUGACGGCCCAGAUCAUCUGGGAAGGACUGUGGAUGAACUGCGUGGUGCAGAGCACGGGGCAGAUGCAGUGCAAGGUCUACGACUCCAUGCUGGCUCUGCCGCAGGACCUGCAAGCCGCCCGCGCCAUGGUGGUGGUGGCCAUCGUCUUGGCCGUCCUGGGCACCCUGCUCGCCGUCGCCAGCGGCAAGUGCACCAACUGCGUGGAGGACGACACCGCCAAAGCCAAGGUCAUGAUCCUUUCCGGCGUCAUCUUCAUCGUUGCUGGCAUCCUCAUCCUCAUCCCCAUCUCCUGGUCGGCCAACACCAUCAUCCGGGACUUCUACAACCCACUGGUCACUGAUUCCCAGAAGCGGGACCUGGGGUCGUCCCUCUACGUGGGCUGGGCAGCCUCCGCGCUCCUGCUGCUGGGGGGGGGGAUCCUCUGCUGCACCUGCCCCCCCCAGGGCGAGAAGCCAUACUCUGCCAAGUUCACAGCUGCUCGCUCGCUGCCAGCCAGCAACUACGUCUAGGAGUUGCUGCGCCUGCCUGGACCCCCCGAAGCCACACCAGGGAGCUGGGACCUCCCGGGGUGCCCCUGGCCCACAGCCCCCCCUGGCCGGGCUGGGGGCUGGCCGCGAGC